AAAAUAACAAUCAAGUGACCUUAAAAGCAAGUUUCACCACCAAAGCAGCUUAGUGUAAAUCCUUUUCGUCAUGAAUUUUUUCAACAUUGCCUUGUGUGUGGCCCUAGCAGUUGUAUUCGUUGUCGGAAAGACCUCUGCUGACCAUGCGGCCUGCCUGGACAAAAAUGGCCUCUCGCAAGAUGAAUUCGAUUCGAUCGUCAAGAAGUUGGAAGACGGAGCCGAGGAUGCUGAUACCAAAUUUAAAUGCUAUACCCAUUGCAUGAUGGAGAGUGAUGGUUUAAUUGAUGGAAGUGGUAAAUUUGAUGUUUCCUCUCUGGAUGAUGGAGAGGACAAGGAUGAGGCAGAGAAAUGCAAAAAGGAGUAUGAUGGUGUGAGUGAUAAGUGUGAAUAUGCCUUUAAAUUGUCGAAUUGUUAUUUCAAACAUGAAUGAGAGAAAUUUAAAUACAAAAAAAAGCUAAUUUACAUAAAGAGCAAUAAAAAUAUAUAAAAAACUAUAAAAAUAUUCA